GGGAACGACUCGGAAUCAUGGUCGACGAAGCCAUGGCCUACCUGACGGAUGCGGUAUUCGAGCCUGAGCUCAAGCGAGGUUCCGGCCUUGACCCGAGUUGGUACGAGGAUGGAGUCGAGCUCGUCGUGGUCGACGAUGGAUCAAGGGACGAUACGGCCAGGAUAGCUAUCGACCUAGCGAGCCGAUGGGAGAAGAAGUUACAAGCUAGGAGAGCCGCCACGGAUGAGAAGCGAAACUGGCCCGAGGUGGACAUGCGAGUAAUCAAGCUGGAACGAAACCGUGGAAAGGGAGGAGCCGUGCGGCAUGGAGUCCUCUUCGCUCGAGGUCGACGGAUCCUCUUUGCCGAUGCCGACGGUGCAUCCCGUUUCUCCGACCUCACCUCGCUACAACUCGCCAUGGACGCCCUGCUCGACGCGAGCGCUUCGUCCGUUAAAGGCCCGAACGGACACGCUAGGAGAAGAUCCAUGGACGGUGUCUUCGGCAAACAGUCUUUAAAGGGGGAUUUGGUCGGGCAUGCGAUGGUCGCUGGGAGCCGGGCUCAUCUUGAGAAGAGUCAGGCGGUCGUACAGCGGAGCUUUGUAAGAAACUUGCUGAUGCACGGUUUUCACGUCUUCGUAAGGACGAUGGGCGUGAGCGGGAUUCGCGAUACGCAGUGCGGUUUCAAGCUCUUCACACGGGAAACAGCCCGUGUCUUGUUCCCGACGAUGCAUCUCCAUCGCUGGUCUUUCGACGUCGAGCUCUUGCUGCUCGCUUCACUCGUCGGCAUCCCCGUCGCAGAGGUCCCGAUAGACUGGCACGAGGUUGCAGGUAGCAAGAUUAGCGUCGGUUGGGAUGGGAUCGGGAUGGCCAGGGAUCUUCUGGUCCUGCGGGGCAACUUGUUGGCGGGUAGAUGGAAAGUACCACGGGUUGUAAAAGCAUCGCCUUUGAGCAAAGAUCAGGAAUAAGCAUCGCAUGUCAUAUUCAAGACGACUUCGGUGACGGCGGGGGAGGUAUUCCGGACACACCAUAGAAUCUUAGAAACACACCAUAGGGUUCACUAGUAGUAUCACCUUUAGAAAACCCCCAUUGAGCAAGCCUCCCGUCCGUCACUCUGUUCCUGGCACCGGCUGCAAUAGCUUGUACAUAGGUAUUACUGCUUCGGGAUAGGGGUUAGGUCCAGGCAAACGGACUUGUGCUUCUCGCGAUAUCUACACACUGUUAC